AUGGUUGCACCAACCGCUGUGAAAAAGGUCGCUGUAGAUCUGGGAGGAUCGGAAAAUGAUACUGCGGGGGUUUCGCGAGUUUUGGGUGGAAACCCUAUGCACAAGGUAGGAAGUGACGAUGAAGACGACGACGAAGUACUGGUAGAGGACCAAGAUAUGCAGGACUCGGAGCCCCAAGGCGAAGAGAAUGGGGAGAAAAAAGACAGGUCUGCAAAGGGGGUGGUGCUAGACGAAGAAGGUAAACCUAGGUUUGCAUCUGCUGCUCAGGCUACGGAGACCAAGGCAAAGCUAGAGUCGCGGAAAGUUCCUGUGCCGCCUCAUAGAAUGACGCCUCUGAGAAAUAACUGGACCAAGAUCUACCCUCCUCUGGUGGACCACUUGAAGCUCCAAGUGCGCAUGAACCUAAAGACCAAGACCGUGGAGCUCAGGACGCAUCCUAAACACACCACGGACCCUGGAGCUUUGCAAAAGGGCGCCGAUUUCAUCAAGGCUUUCACGCUCGGCUUCGACCUCGACGACGCCAUCGCGUUGCUGAGACUAGACGAUCUGUACAUCGAGACCUUCGAAGUCAAAGACGUGAAAACGCUGAACGGCGACCAUCUUUCACGUGCCAUUGGUAGAAUCGCCGGGAAAGACGGUAAAACCAAAUUUGCCAUUGAGAACGCCACUCGUACGCGUAUCGUCCUGGCAGACUCCAAAAUUCACAUCCUAGGGGGCUUCACCCACAUUCGCAUGGCCCGUGAAUCAGUUGUGAGUCUUAUCCUCGGUUCACCUCCGGGCAAAGUGUACGGAAAUCUGCGUACCGUUGCUUCAAGACUAAAAGAACGCUACUGA